UCGAUCUUUUACAUAAUCUUUUGUGGUAAAGCUCUGUUCUUGAGGUGAUGGGGGAAGAGAAAGCUGAAGUUCUUGAAGCUGUGUUGAAGGAGACUGUAGAUUUGGAAAGCAUCCCCAUAGAAGAAGUUUUUGAGAAUCUCAGAUGUACCAACGAAGGUCUCACCAGUUUUGCUGCUCAAGAAAGAUUAGCCAUUUUUGGGCAUAACAAGCUCGAAGAGAAGAAGGAGAGCAAAUUCUUGAAAUUUUUAGGGUUUAUGUGGAAUCCCUUAUCUUGGGUCAUGGAAGCUGCAGCUAUAAUGGCGAUUGCUCUUGCCAAUGGAGGAGGAAAGCCUCCUGACUGGCAGGAUUUUGUGGGUAUCAUUAUUUUGCUUUUCAUAAACUCUGCCAUUAGUUUCGUUGAAGAAAACAACGCCGGCAACGCUGCAGCAGCUCUUAUGGCUCGAUUGGCCCCGAAAGCGAAGAUUCUACGAGAUGGAAGAUGGAAUGAGGAAGAUGCUGCGAUUCUAGUUCCUGGGGAUGUAAUUAGUAUAAAACUCGGAGAUAUUAUUCCUGCAGAUGCUCGUUUGCUUGAUGGUGAUCCUUUAAAGAUUGAUCAGUCUGCUUUAACAGGUGAAUCACUUCCCGUGACAAAAGGCCCGGGGGAUGGUAUCUAUUCUGGUUCUACUUGCAAGCAGGGUGAGAUUGAGGCGGUUGUAAUUGCCACCGGAGUUCAUACUUUCUUUGGAAAAGCUGCUCAUCUUGUUGACACAACCAAUCAAGUCGGUCACUUUCAAAAGGUCUUGACAGCCAUCGGUAACUUCUGCAUUUGCUCGAUUGCCGUGGGCAUGCUUAUCGAGAUUAUAGUCAUGUUCCCAAUUCAAGAUAGGAAAUAUAGGCCCGGAAUAGACAAUCUCCUUGUGCUUCUUAUUGGAGGAAUCCCUAUUGCUAUGCCGACCGUUCUUUCUGUAACAAUGGCCAUUGGAUCUCAUCGAUUAGCUCAGCAGGGAGCCAUUACGAAAAGAAUGACGGCCAUAGAAGAAAUGGCGGGCAUGGACGUGCUUUGCAGUGACAAAACAGGAACUUUAACACUAAACAAGCUCACUGUUGAUAAGAACCUUAUCGAGGUCUUUGCGAAAGGUGUAGAUGCAGAUACUGUCGUUUUGAUGUCGGCUCGAGCCUCCAGAAUUGAAAACCAGGAUGCAAUUGAUGCUGCUAUAGUUGGUAUGCUCGCUGAUCCAAAGGAGGCACGAGCUGGCAUUCAAGAACUGCACUUUUUGCCAUUUAACCCUACGGAUAAACGCACAGCCUUAACGUAUUUGGACAACGAGGGUAAAAUGCAUAGAGUCAGCAAAGGUGCACCCGAGCAGAUCUUGAAUCUUGCACACAACAAAUCAGAUAUUGAACGCCGAGUUCAUUCCAUCAUUGGCAAGUUUGCAGACCGAGGUUUACGGUCACUUGCUGUAGCUUACCAGGACGUUCCCGAGGGACGGAAAGAUAGCGCCGGAGGGCCAUGGCAGUUUAUAGGUCUCAUGCCUCUCUUUGAUCCACCGAGGCACGAUAGUGCUGAUACGAUUCGAAGGGCUUUGGAUCUUGGAGUAAAUGUUAAAAUGAUUACAGGGGAUCAACUGGCGAUCGGGAAAGAAACGGGCCGCCGUCUAGGAAUGGGAACAAACAUGUAUCCUUCAUCUGCUUUACUCGGCCAACAUGCCGAUGAGUCGAUUGCUGCUUUACCGAUCGAUGAACUAAUUGAGAAAGCCGAUGGUUUUGCUGGCGUGUUCCCUGAACACAAAUACGAAAUAGUAAAACGGUUACAAGCCCGGAAACACAUUUGCGGAAUGACGGGUGAUGGCGUUAAUGAUGCUCCUGCCCUUAAAAAGGCCGAUAUCGGGAUCGCCGUGGCUGAUGCUACCGAUGCAGCCCGUGGUGCAUCAGACAUCGUCCUCACUGAACCAGGACUCAGUGUUAUCAUUAGCGCCGUCUUGACCAGUCGAGCCAUCUUCCAGAGGAUGAAGAAUUACACGAUUUAUGCUGUUUCUAUUACAAUUCGGAUUGUGCUUGGUUUUAUGCUGCUGGCGUUAAUAUGGAAGUUCGACUUCCCGCCUUUUAUGGUGCUUAUAAUUGCUAUCCUUAAUGACGGUACCAUAAUGACGAUAUCGAAAGAUCGAGUAAAGCCGUCUCCUCUUCCAGAUAGCUGGAAAUUAGCCGAGAUUUUUACAACGGGUGUCAUUCUUGGUAGUUACUUGGCGAUGAUGACCGUCAUAUUCUUUUGGGCGGCAUACAAAACGGACUUUUUCCCGCGUACAUUUGGAGUAACGACGCUUGAGAAAACAGCUCAUGACGACUUCCGAAAGCUAGCUUCAGCCAUAUAUCUUCAAGUCAGCACGAUCAGCCAGGCACUCAUAUUCGUAACACGAUCUCGUAGUUGGUCCUUUGUCGAACGACCUGGUUGGCUGCUUGUCACGGCCUUUGCGGUUGCCCAAUUGAUUGCUACUUUAAUCGCGGUGUAUGCAAACUGGAGUUUUGCCGCAGUAGAAGGAAUUGGGUGGGGCUGGGCCGGUGUUAUCUGGCUCUACAAUAUCAUCUUCUACUUCCCGCUCGAUCUCAUCAAGUUCUUCAUCCGUUAUGCGCUCAGUGGCCGGGCCUGGGACCUUGUUAUCGAGAGGAGGAUUGCAUUCACAAGACAAAAGGAUUUUGGGAAGGAACAACGGGAGCUGCAAUGGGCUCAUGCGCAAAGAACGCUUCACGGACUUGAAGUUCCCGACACAAAAAUGUUUGGUGAUCGAACGAAUGUCACGGAGCUCAACCAGAUGGCGGAGGAAGCCAAACGAAGAGCAGAGAUCGCAAAGUAA